AUGUUGAGCGGAAUCGAAAGAAUUUCUCGAGAAACGAUAAAAUCCACAAAUUUACCAACAAUGAAUGAUACAACUCUUAUGUGCGCUAAAAGAAGAAAGUCUAUUGAUAUUGAUUAUGAAUAUAGAAAAUGCUCGUCUAUCUUACGAAAAGGUGGAAAAAAGAGUUGUAAAGAAAAUUUGUACGAAUGUAAAAAAGAAAAUAACGCUAGACCGUUGAUUUAUUGUUAUUGUACUUCGUUAAAUGCUGUUUCCAUUGGCGCCACCGAAUAUAGAAGCUUUGGGAAAAUCUCACUAUUUGCAUACGCAAACAUCACGACUUAUAAUAAAAGGUCUAAGGAAAAAUUCGGACAAACUGGUCAUACACCACAAAAGAGUUCCGUUAUCCGCGCAUCUUUCCGUAAAUUUGGUAACCAUUUUACACAGGAAUCGGAAAAAUCGAUAAGAAAUCUGUAG